UGAGUUGACAGAACAUUUUGAUCGCAGCGCAGUGUGUUACACAAUUUGAUUUUGGCUUCAAUAAUUCUAAUGGUACCGUUCAUUACAUGUUAUGAAUAAAACUACGACAUGCUAUUGCAGAGCUUGAUAUAAAAACGAUGGGAUUUACAAUAUUAACAAGAUGUCUAUUUUUGACGUUCGGUAUGACGUCAUUUACGUGUCUGAUGACGUCAGGGGUAUAUUUCGAAGACGGUUACGAUCAUCACUAUACAUAUUCGUCUGAGUCUGACGUCCUGGGGAUGCAUAACGUCACAACAGUGAUCAAAUUCCGGAUCCGGUCCGUGAACGCGACUUCGGAAGGCGGUGUCCUGCAUCAGUUAAUAAUCGACAGCUUCGUCCAGCACUCCGAGCACGGAUAUGUGGCAGACAACCCGUUGAAGUGGGAUUUAAAUAACAGGUUUUACUUCACCAUUAGCCCAGAAGGUCUCGUGCACUUCGUGCAUUUUCACCCGGAGGAAAUCCACGAGCUUAUCACGCUGAAAAAAGUAUUGGUGUCGACCUUGGCCACUCGGGUGCAGAUUGAAGACGGCCAAAUCUGGAUGUACGACUCUAUGGAGGAAGACCACACAGGUCACUUGGGCCACACAUACGAGGCGAGCAGGACGAGUGAAGGGAUGAGGUUGUUGAGGUCACACCGUAGUCUGACGGACGUACAUAGAAUGCACUACAAGACGACCCAUUUGGACGAUCGUCUAACUCCGCAGCUGGUCGAAGCCAUCGAUAACAUCACGCUGCAGCACAGCCCGAACACGAUCAACUCACACACGGUUGAAGGUGCUGCGGUUAUUGAGGAAGAACAUUCCGGAGAGUUUCCGAAGGUGUCUUCAAUAUCACGAAGCAAACUGAAACUCAUGUUGAAGAGCAAGCACAGCGACCCUGCUCGAGACCACGCUCUGCACGAGAUGCAUCGGGAUUCCAUCAGUGUCAAACCGAAACCCUUGAAAAAGGUACCAUUGGUACAAGUUGAGGAGGAUAUUCGAAAGUAUAUUGCGUGCGUCCAUUCCUACACCAAUAAAUACGAACGUAACCGAACCGAGUGCGUGCAUCAGUUGCGUGAAUUGAUUACGUCCCUUGAAAGAAAGGAUUUCCUUACUCUCGGCGAGGAAGCGUUAACACGUACGUGUGACGUCAACGACUCGGUGUGUGUAGACGAGAGGAAUCUGUUUAUCGACCUGAUUGCACGUGAAGGCAGCGCCGAGGCCCAACUGCUGGUUCUGGAGCACGUGAUGUCACAGCCCAAUGUAACCGAGGAGGACCUAAGGAGAUGUCUUUUUCACGCCAUCGCCUUACAGAGCCCCGUGACGGAACUGGUGAGCUUAGUGGAAACAUUGUGCUUCGAAGAUGGACAUGAAUCUGGCGGUAAAUUGACCUUGGUUUGA